AUGUUCCACCUCUUCUCCCACUGCUGGUCGUGGCUGCAGGCCAUACAGGAGCCCAUCAGGAAGGUGACCCUCCUUGUCAUGGGGCUGGACAAUGCAGGGAAAACCUCUGUCAUCGUGGACAUAGAGAGAGCGCUGGCCGGCGAGGCGCUGCCCGAUGCUCAGCCUGGCCAGAGGCGCCUGCGGGUGGAGCGCUUGGAGGUGACGCUGCUGGAGCUGCCCGGGGCCCAGCGCUCCCGCAGCGCCUGGCGCAGCCACUACAGCCGGGCACACGGGCUCCUCUUCGUGCUGGACUCGGGGGACCUGCCUCGGAUGGAGGAGGCCCGCAAGGUCCUGAGCCGCGUCCUGAGCCAUCCUGACGUCUCCGGAAAGCCCCUCUUGCUGUAAGGCCGGGACGCAGCC